AGAGCUCAAUUAUGCUAUUUUUUGGGUUUUGGGAUUACAUAAAAAGGAUGUCGUUGUUGGGAUCCUGUGUCACAAAAACUCUGAGUUUCACAUCAUGUUAUCUUUUGGGAACACAUUAUGUUCUCAUCGUUGUCAAACUUCAAAGUGUCAUCCUCUCAUCAAUUUCCAUUUUUUACUAAUCCUUCUAUUGAGCUUUUUCCCAGUGAUUCUGAUGCAGGUACAUCUCAUGAGGUCUACAAUGCCUCACCACAUGCUCCAACUAGUUUUGUAGAAGAUGAUCUGCCUACUGGUAAUGCAUUAGAUAAUUUUGAGCCUUUUUCUACUUCCUCAUCUGUAUCGCCUGUUGAUGUUACAUCUGAUAAUGUUGAGUCUGCAAAUGAGCUUGUUGUCCCAUCCUUGAGUCAUCCUACUCAGGUAAGAAACUCGCCCAGCGACCUUCAUGAUUAUCAUUGUUUUCCUGGUAUUACUUCUUUACAUGAGCCUCAAUCCUAUCAAGAGACCUCUUUUAACCCUCUUUGGCAACAAGCUAUGGAAGAUGAAUUGCAAGCUCUUGAGAACACUCGUACAUGGGAUUUAGUUGAUCUCCUUACUGAAAAGUCUUUGAUAGGCUAUAUAUGGGUGUACAAGAUCAAGUUACAAUCUGAUGGUUCUGUGGAACGUUAUAAGGCACGCUUGGCUCAACCAUCCUUCAAACAAGGUAUGUCGAUUGCGAUGUGCAUUAUAUGGGUUGAAGCAAUCCCCUUGAGCCUGGGUAUGAUUCUUUUACUUCUUUGUGUUGAUGACAUGAUUAUUACUGGAGAUGAUGUCGCAAGUGUUGAGGAGUUGAAACAAUCUCUUAGUCAAAAAUUUGAGAUGAAAGAUCUUGGUGGUCUAAGCUAUUUUCUAGGGCUUGAAGUCACCUCUUCAGAUGAUGGCUACUUGCUUUCUCAAGUAAAGUAUGCCUCUGAUCUUAUUUCUAAAGCUGAACUCGAUGACAGUAAAAGUUCUGGUUUAUCUUAUCAUGACACACCUGACAUAGCAUAUGCAGUUCACAUGGUUAGUCAGUUUAUGGCUGCUCCUCACUCCACUCAUUAUGCAGUGAUACUUCGCAUUAUUCACUAUGUUAAGGGAACAUUGUUUCAUGGAGUCCAUUUUUCUGCUAACUGCUCCCCUGUGCUUUGCGUUGAUUUUGAUGCUGAUUGGGUUGAUGAUCCUUCUGAUUGUAGAUCUACCACCAAUUACUGUCUUUUCCUUGUUGAAAAGCAUUACAUUAAAGGUGCAGAUCAGUCUUGUUUUGAGCUUAAUCAUUUUAGUCAUCCGCAUCCCCUGCUCCUCGUGGAAGAUAAGAGAGACCAAGUCAGGGAGGCUUAUUGCUCAGGAUGCAGGGAACUCAUACAGGAUUCAAGUUACAGAUGUGCCAAUUGCAAAUUUUUCCUUCACAAGACGUGUGCUGAGCUACCCAGGGAGUUGGAUCAUCCUUUUCAUCCCCAACAUCCUCUCGUUCUUUAUGAUAAGCCGCAAUACGACUCUGCUGGUGUUUUGUUUAAGUGCAAUUCCUGUCGAAAGCAAAAAGGUGAGGGAUUUGUUUAUCAUUGUUCUGCUUGUGAAUUUGACCUUGACAUACAAUGUGCUCUGUUACGAAAAUUGAUUACUGGAAAUUUCCCUAAGCUUCAACAUUUUAGCCAUCAGUAUUCACUUUUGUUCAUUGAAAAGCAUUACAUUGAAGAUGCCGAUCAGUCUUGCUUUGCAUGUGAAGAUCCGAUAUCAGACCGGGUGAACAUUUCACCCCUUCAAAUGAGGUACGCGACUAUCAGACCGCUUUUUAGUAGAGUUCACGAUGGUGGUGGAGCUCAAAACUCCGACCACCUCAUCCAAGCACUUAAGGUUUGGGGUCGAACCAUUAGGCCACAAAGCCCGGUUCGAUAUCAGCCACCGCAAACACUCUCUUACUCUUCUGCCCCGUCGACCCUCGAGCCACUCCAAACACCCUCUUGCUCUUCUAGCCAGUUAUCCACAUGAAAAGGAAUGUUCUUGCCAUUUAUGCAACAAACUCCCAAAUGGAUUUGUUUAUUAUUGUUCUCCUUGCGAGUUCAGCAUUCGGAUCAAAUAAACUCUCUCAUUUAUU